CAACGCAGUUCAACGGGAAUAAGAGGAACAAUGGGAUAUAUUCCUCCGGAAUAUGGAAUGGGAAAGAAAAUAUCCACACACGGCGAUGUGUACAGCUAUGGCGUCGUUUUAUUGGAGUUGUUUAUAGGCAAAAGACCCAACGACUGCAUGUUUACAGGAGUGUUGAGCCUACGUGAGUAUGUAAAGACCGCCAUUCCUGAUCAUGUGGUGGAGACCUUUGAUACUAGGCUCAAUUUUGAAGAUGAAGCAGCCUUCAAUCAAAAUGGGCAAGGCAGCAGAGGCAUCAGCAACAUCGUGAAAAGGCUUGGACACGGUUCUUAGCAUAGGAGUGUCUUGCUCGGAUGAUUCACCGAGUUAACGAAUGAACAUUAAAGAUGUGCUGAGAGAACUUCAGAAGACUAGAAAUAUGCUUCUUGGAGAUCAAAGGGGAAGAGCGUUGCAAGUUUCGGUGCAUCAAAGAUUACAUUAGAAAUUUGUACCAAAAAUAAAAUGUUAGAA